CCUCACUUGCAAAUCUUCAAUUAAAAAAUUGCCCGGCUGCUUCUACCGUUUCCGAGCCCUCCGAGUCUUCUAAUCGCUUCCAAGUAAGUCCUCCCUCCCCUUUCCUUUGAGUCAUGUCUGACUGUGAAGACAGCCAGAACCCUUCCGUCCAUUCCUACGGUUCUGAUGACCGGUCUCAGACUUCUGGUUCCUCUCCUUCUUCAUCCUCUGAAUCUGAGCACCCGGAUGCUUCUCCACAGAAGAAGCCGGUUGAUGCUUCCACAUGCGCUCCUUCUUCUUCCGUGGCGCAAGUGGUGUCAGUUGCCCAACCCGGGGAUGAGGGUUUUAUUCUGCUGGACGACCGGUUGCUCCAAACGCAAUCGUCGGUCAUGCAGAAGGCCCAAGUUCACGAGGUGCGCAACCUGAUGCCGGACGGGUACCAAUUGACCUACCGGGCAACGUGGAAGAGCAUUAUUCCUCUCCACGUCGGUACGUCGAUUGGUAUCCAUUACCAUUCGAUCAAGGACUUGGGUGAAUUCUCUAUUCAUCCAUUCAAAGUCCUUUUCCUUGAAACUUACGGUAUCAUGCCCGGGCAGCUGGCCCCUAAUGGUCAUCGUUUGUUGGGCAGUUUCAUUAAUGUCAAACCAGCAGAGGCGGAUGACCUGGCUGCUUGGGAAGCCACUCUCCGGGCCGGGAAUGCCUCCACCCGCAGCCUGUACCAUGUAGGGAAGUGGAGCGUCUACCCCGGCCGGGAUACUGACACAGAGCCGGAGAUCGUCCUGCCAGGGGCAAUCCCUGAAGCCAUCCCCAUCAGCCGGGCGAGGGGAUCCGAAGCCUUGGCCACAGCCAUCGCCGGUCCUUCAUGGCCGGCAAAGAAGAAGAAAAGAAAGAUUGUGGUCGAGGAGCCCACCACCGCUCAGCCACUCACUACCUCCUCCAGCCAGCCGUUCUUGCUGGACGAGCAACCGGCCCAGUCCCAUCAGGGGACCAACCAGCCUCUUCACUCGGGGGAACUCUACAUCAACGUAGAUACCCUCGAGUUCGACGCCAUGAUGGGGGAGACCGGGCACACCUCCCAGGCCGGGUUGGCAGGCCAACCCAAUGAGGAGGGCAAAGCCGAGGAGGAGGCUGCUGGGGAGUCUCUUCAACGGAAGAGGCGGAAGACUGAGGAGGUCAACCAGCCACCCCACCAGGGGGCCCAGUCCUCCGACGCCGGCAAGGGGCCAAUCGUGCCCAGGUCCUUGGCCUUGAUGUCCAGGUCAGACGAGGAGCUCUUCCGAGCGUUUCGAUCCGAUCUGACUGAGGUCGGCCGGAUCAGAGAGGAGUACUUCGCCCGGCUGGUGAAGUCCAAAGAAGAGGAGAUGGCCCGGAUGGAGGCCAUGAUGGUCCAGUGCCGGAAGGAUGCUCAAGGCGCCCGCGCACAAGCAGAGAAGGUGGAGGCCAAAUGGCUGGAGCACUGCACGGUCUACCGCCAGCUCUAUGCCAAGCACGACGGACUUCUCAAGGCUGCGAAAGAGGCCGAUGAGAAGGUCCAGGCCAAGAUCCAGCAGCUGGAGGCCGAGAAUGCCCAGUCAGCCGAGGAAAUCGCUCGGCUGGGAGAUGAGCUGCAGAAAGAGCAGUCGGAGCGGGCCGCCGUUGCCGCUGUCUGGGCAGCUCAAGCGCUAGAGGAGUUCGCCGCUAAGGCGUUUCCUGACCGGGAGACGGCCAUCCACUUCUUCCAAGGCCUGUACAAGCAUCCAGUAUCGUCCGGGAUCGUGGAUGAGAUCGGCACCUAUGGCUUCGAGAGCGGCCAGUACGCCGAGCGGCGGGCCCUCUAUGGCAUCCUUGAGCAGCGGAUCCAAGGUUUUCGGCCUAAGGCUCUCUCUCUGUCCGAGCUUCAUGAUGAGGAGCCGGUCCCUCCAUUCCCGGGAAUCUGAUCCCCUUGGUCUUCUUCUCUUCUAUUUUUUUUAUGAUGUAAUAUCCUGCCUCCGGGCGCUUUUUGUAUACCGUUGAAAUAUUAAUGAAAAUAUUCUGUAUUA